GCGCAUCUGCGCGUCUGGCUUGCCGCCGGAACAUUCGCGUUGGCGACGGCAUCGGCGUCGGCGGUACCUGUGAAACGCGCGCCGUAUGACUCGCACGGGGCACCGCAAGUAGUUAGCAACGCGACGACGACCAGUGUCUUGGGCUGCUCCGGCGGCGCUGUGUGGACGUCAAGCAGCGGCGCGCGAUAUCAAGCUUGUGUGGGCCGGCCCUUUUCCACAGACGGCGUGUUAGAGUUCAGACCCAUACCGUACCUUGAGCAGACGUGCGUCGAGCAAGUGGCGUCUGGGGGUUACUUGAGUGCCGUGCUGAGUACGGACGGUGAGCUGUUUGUGUGGGGUCAGGCCUGUCCGGGUUCAACGGGCGAGAUGGACGUGCUGAGUGGAAAUGCGGAUGGGCAUGUGCCGAGUACAGGGAUUGCAGCUGAGGAGGAUGACUCGGAUGAGUUUGUAAAGUGUCUGCAGGUAAGGACUAAUGGUCAAGAGGCUCGUGUGUAUCAAGUGGCAAUUGGCCAUGGACAUGUUCUGGUAGCAGCAGAGCCUGGAAAUGGUUCACCGGCCAAGGAAAGGGUAGUGUUUGGCGCCGGAGAUAACAGUAUGGGACAGCUUGGGCUAGAAGAGCGGAGGUUUUAUAGUGCGUUCCACGAAGUCCAAAGUCUGCGGGGUAAGCGUGUUGCUCAGUUGUAUGCAGCGGGGUGGUCAAGCUUUGUUGUAACGCUCGAAGAGUAA